AUGGACAUUGACGACAUUCUCCGGGAUGUCGACCCAACUUUCCAUGCCAUUCCGCAGGAGAAACGCGACCUCCAGGCGCUCACGCGUGCCUGGAUUGCCGAGCGAUCGGCGCCAGAGCUUUUACCCUGGCCGUCCAAUGGCCUCUUCGAACGCAUCAAUGGCAACAUCAAACAGCAAAUCGAAAAGGUCGAGGAGAUGACGGGCGAUAUGGACCCCAAGACCAAUUUCGCCCUCAUCGUCAUCCAAACCGAGCUCGAGCGCUACCGCUACCUCGUACGCAGCUACCUGCGCGCCCGCCUAGCCAAGCUCGACCGCCACGCCCUGCACUACUUGUCGACAGACGCCUUGCGCGCCCGUCUGUCCGAGAUGGAGCUGGCCUACGCCACCCGUCACCAGGCCCUACUGCACAACCACUACCUCUCAUCCUUCUUGUCGUCGUUCCCUGCCGGCCUGCAGAAUCUGAACGAUGCCGCGGGCGGGAUUAGUAUGAUUGAGACGCCGGAUCUCGAGUCCGCCGUGUUCAUCCGCGCGCUCAAGGACACGCCCGUCGAAGGCCGCGGCGUCGACACAGACGAGGCGGCCGAGAUGCAGGAGGGGGAUAUUGUGAUUCUGCGGUGGGCUGAUGCGAAGUCAUUAGUGGAAGCGGGGAGCGCGGAGCUGGUGUGA